AUGGGACUCGGGCUCGGCGGCGGCCUGGGCCUUUCCCGUGGGGGGCUGCGGGGCUGCGUCGGGAGGGAACGGGGCGGAGGAGCGGCGGGGCACGGGCAGCUGCCGGGGUUGGGCGCCCGCCUCGGGGGGCUGCGGCUGGGCUCCGGCGGGCAGGGAGCGGGCAGCCGGGGGAGGCAGCGAGACGCGCACGUAUUUGCUCGCUAUUCGCCCAAUCUCGGCGGCGGCACCCGGUCUGGGGAAGGGGCCGCUGGCCGACGCCCGGCUCGCUGCUCCCGGCCCGCGGGCCGCCCCGGCUGCCUGUGGCCCGGCGCUCUGCUGCCGUUCCGCCGCCGCCAGCGCUCAGUGCCUCAAAAUGGCGGCUGCGGUAAACGCCGUGAAAUGUCACAUCCGCAUGAGGGGCAGCCCAGCGAGCCGGGAAGGGGGAGCGGCGCCGCGGCCGCGCCGGGAACAGCAGCCGCCGCUGCCGCCGCCACAGGAGGGCUCGAGGGGCGGAGCCGCAGCGCCGGGCCCGGCCGCGGCCUCCCCGCGGCCUCCCCGCAGCCUCCGACACCUGCGCGCAGCCCCGCGCGGGGAGCGCUGCCGCCGCUCCUUCCCAGCCGCGCCCAGCGCUCGUUUGGGCCUCCGCGGGGCCGCUCUUCACCGGGGCCGCUCCGCACCGAGGCCCGGCCCGGGCACCUCCGUCCCGCGGCGCGCAGCGGAGACGCCGGGCUCGGCCGGGCCGCGUCGGAGUUGGGCCUCGCGUGGAAGGAGGCGGGAGAAGGGUGUUUGUGUGGGAAGAGGCAGAAGUCUGUAAACAAGGCUGUGCCCUGCCCGGAUACCAUUGUUUUGCAAGAGCCUCGUGCGGAGGACAGAGUUCCCACUGUGGCAGAGACUGAUCUGCGUUCCUGUGCUGAAGGAGAAGGGAAGGGUGCGGGUGAAGAAGUAACGCCUGGCCGGUCCCGCCUGAGGCAGAGCGUGAAGGGAGACUGCGCUGAGGGGCACCGCGGUGGGCGGCACUGAGCGGCGCAGCGCGCAGUUCGUGGCGGUGGGAAGCCUGGGCUGGAGGAGGACCUGGAGGGAACUGCUUAGGACUGGAGAACCGGGCCUCCUGAAGGGCCUGGCAGUGCACCCCGGCAGACAGUGCUGCUCUGAUUGCGAGUGGAUAAGUGAUGGAGAAGUUUGUUUGUUUUUCCAGCGUAUAAAAGGAGCGAAUAUCACACCCAGUCUGGGGGACAGGCCUGCCCUGUCUGGGCUCUGGUUGGUGGUGUUUCAGCAGCGCAGGAGUCUGCAGGGUGGGCAGGACAGGAAAAUAACAUCCCCCUGCCUUGGGUAGUAAAAAUCCUGGGCUGCAAGGAGGAAAAACAGCGGAGGUUGGGGAUGUCAGUGGGAAGAUCAGCCUUUAAAAAGUCGGUGUGAUGGUCUGCCUUUCAAGUACUGCUUUCUGACUUUUCACGUUGUUCCUCUCGAUUCUCAAAAGCUGUUCAAAGAAAAAUAAUUUACAAACCUUUUCCUGCUAUUGACCCGGACAAAAAUGUGAUAAAUCUGUUGAACCCGAGCUUCCAGUGAAGGGGGGGAUUAGGAUCAGGAUUAGGACAGAGAUUUAUGCAGAGAUCUUUGGUUUCUUAAUGUCCUGAACUUCGAAUUCCCCACUGCCAGUCUUUCCCUACCAUUACCUCCCUGAACAACUGCUCUUUCCUAACGACUUCCAUUCCAGCCUCCUAAAUCAUGCACAGGUUUGAACUCAUCCCUCCGUCCAUCCUACACAAGCGAUUCCCAAUACAGGACAGACGGGUAUGUCACAAUGAGGAGGGAGCUCCAGAUUACUGCUGAUUCUUCAGCCGCGGGCAGCACGGCUGUAGAGAAGGAGCGGCGGAGGAAAACAAUUUCACUGUUGCAAGGAAGAACAAGUCCCUAAAGACAGCCACAAGCCAAUGUUAUCAUAAGCACUAAAACGCUCUAGAUAGAUAUGAAAGUUUCUCUGUUUCAGUUUGCUGUAAGGCAGCUGAGUUUUCCAAAAUGAUUGGGUUCUCCUGCUGUUGUGGAGGAGCAGAGAUCAGGCAAAAGACAGCCCCACAGAUCCUCUGCUGUGCGGAGGGCAGCGCAGAAGAGGGGCAGGGAUCUCCCUGUAAGGAUGGAGCGCCACAACCAAGCGCUGCCCUUUCUGCACAGUCCCACUGUAGGUGAACUCUGUCACAGUCCACACGGAAUGCAGAAUGGCUGUGAGUAAAACAAUCUCAAAAAUCGGUUCAGCUACAUAUACUUACGAGGGAAUAAAUGUAGUGUGUAUAAUUA